AUGAUCUCCUCGGCGACAACGCGAGCCCGGGCUUCGCCCGUCAUCGCUUCGGCUGCCUCGCAGAGUUGUCAGCGCCGCACCAAGGCCUUCGUUCGCCGUCUCGAUGAAAAGAACGAAGUAUUCUACACGCUCGAGAGGAAGGGUCCCGGCCGAGACGACAUCCCCCAGCGGCAGUACGACUUCUUUGCCAUGCCGGACCUGCUGCUCGACCUGGACGCCGAGGGGAGCGAGGGCAUCCGGUCGUUUGACGAGACGGACGAACGUCGUCACAAGCUUGCCUGGUCGACCGCUCCGAAGCGUGAUGCCGUCAGGUCAACCCUGAAGCGGAUGGAAAAGCAGGUGUACGAGUCGCGCCGGAGAGCGCGGGAGAUACGGUCGCAACCGACCAACAUCUUUCGAAUCACGCCCCACGACGUACUAUCAGCCGCACUGCGAGGCUCACGGUCUUCUGGUCCUUCGGGGACGAUGCCGAUGCUCGAACAAAUUCGCAUCGGGAAUGGCAUACCGCCGCACGCUGCCGAGGACGACGAGCAGCUGCUGCGAUGGAUGAUGCUGAGCCGGAGCAAUCUCGAGGAGUCGAAACGUGGUCGAGACGAAGCCGCGCCGGUGCCCUCGCAGUUGGCCGAAGCUCUGAGGAGACAGACGUCGAUCGAAGGCAUUCGGCGCCUCGUCAGCCAGUGUCUUGCGGCCGGGACGAGCGUCGAGAGCUUCGCCGUCCAGCCUGCGUCCAGCCCGAACCUUCCGAUCGAGAUACGGCGCGCGUGCGAGCGAGUCUUCAAACGGGACCCCACAGCCGACGGACCGAGGGUGGCGGCGCUGACAUUCAUCGGGAACUUGUCGGAUCGGGUCUCGGGUCUCAACGGAACCGUCGGCGCCUCGCUCUACGGCCUCUGCUUGCGUCUCUCGGCCGAGGCGGGCAUGCUCGACGGCACGUCCGAGUGGCUGUAUCGCGGCUUUGACAACAAGAUAUGGAACGCCGGCACUGAGACGUUGCAAGAUGUCCUCUUCGUGCUGCAUCUGUUUCGCUCUCGCCUCGGCAGCACGGAGAAGGCGGGCUUCGGUCGCGUCCGUGACCGGCAACUCCUCUUCCAGCUGCUUACCGGCAUCGACGAGAACGACAGCAUCUCUCUCGACUCGUUCCGAUCUUUUGCCCUUCUCUCCCCGAAUCAGGAUGGCGCCGGCCCGGUGCCGCUGGCGGGCGAGAUAUACAGAUGCUACAUUGGCCUGCUGGGUCAGCUCGGAGCCGCGAGGACGAUUUGGAAGGAGUGGCGGCUCGCCACCUCGCGCCCCGAUGAUGGCGCCCUCGAGGAUGGCGCACUCGAGAUGACGUUUCGGGAAGCGCUUGGCCAGGUUGGCCGCACCAUGGCCACGGCCGAUGACGAGACCCGACCGGAUCUCAGCCUGGACGAGUGCGCAAGGCGGGAUUAUCACGCCAUCGAGAUGCAGCAUGUCGACAGCUGGCGUCACGCCGCCUCUGGCGCUUCCGAAGGCAGACUCGAGAUGAGACAUGUCCAGGAGCUCAUGUCCUUGCCGCUUGAAGACUGGAUCUCGAAAGCGAAGCAGCUUCCGUCAUGA